CCACUAAAGUCGCAACGCUGAGUUGCAACUUAUGUUUGACAUCUCCAUGUUGUGAGUUGCGGUUUUCUCCUAAUUUUAAACCUUCGUAACCUCGGGCCUUCAUGCCUUUAUCGGUACUGUCACUCCGUCAAUGGCGUCUCUGUCCACCCAUCAUCUUCCCCUAACGCAUUUCUCAGUGUCAUGUCCUCCUUCCAAGUAUGAUUAUGGAAAGCUACCCAUAUCUUUCUUCCCUGCAUCAGUUAGUUUGGCUUCAAAGAUGCAUCUUUCUAUUCAGUUGCCGCGCCGAAAACAAUCUCUGCUCUCAACUCCAAGGUCCUUCACCUUGAAAUCGAUGGCGCCUCCGAAACCUGGGGGAAAAUCCAAGAAAGUGACUGGAGUUAUUAAGCUUGCUCUAGAGGCUGGGAAGGCCACGCCUACACCACCCGUUGGGCCAGCCCUAGGUUCUAAGGGUGUCAAUAUCAUGGCUUUUUGUAAGGAUUAUAAUGCAAGGACUGCCGACAAAGCGGGUUAUGUGAUUCCUGUAGAAAUUACAGUCUAUGAUGACAAAAGCUUCACAUUCAUUUUGAAGACUCCACCUGCCUCCGUUCUUCUCAUUAAGGCUGCUGGAGUGGAAAAAGGCUCUAAAGAUCCGAAGUUACAGAAAGUUGGGAAAGUCACCAUUGACAAACUAAGAACAAUUGCAACAGAGAAGCUGCCAGACUUGAACUGUUCAAGCAUUGAAUCAGCGAUGAGAAUUAUAGCCGGCACUGCUGCUAAUAUGGGAAUCGAUGUUGAGCCUCCUAUCCUCGAACCGAAAAAAAGGCAAUUGUGUGAUGCUGUCACUUCUCUUCCCAGGUGUGCUUUAUUCAUUCAGAAUCGUCAAAAUGAAGAGAAAAAAAGGCACUCAAGCCAUUUUCUUUCCCCUCCACUUUUUAAUAUAAAUUCAGUUCUUUCUUGUAUGUGUUUUCAUGUGGAUGAUCUCACAAAUUUAGGAAACAAUUUUAUUGCAAACCCCCCCCCCCCCCCAAGAAAAAAAAACCCCAAUCUCAACCCCUCACCCACAACCAUAUGUUUCAACCAAAAGAAGAGCACCUUAUUUCUUCUUUAGACUUUGUUUAAAGAAGAUCUUGAGAUGGAGUUUUCCAAUCCAAAGGGGGGUUUAUG